AUUGACGAUAAACAACGAAAACUUUAAACAUUUUAUCAAUUUUCAAUAAGUUUUAUAGCUGAUUUAUUAUAAACCUAUCUAUUUUUUCAACAUUUUCAACGAAAACAUCUACGGAAAGGUGAACAACAUCUGUAAUUUGCUCUUAUUGUGGACAUCGCAACGUGGGAAAUGUUUUUGAGCAAAACUAAGGCCGCAGAAAAGUGGCUGGACGCCCAGUGCGAUGGAACGGCCGCCCUACACACUUUGCCGGCCUGCAUGUCCCUGUGUGACCUGAAGAAUGACAACUACUAUCAGCUCAUUAUCGUCGAUGUACCCCUCUUCGAUUUCGAUUCCAAACCCAAGCUCAAGGUGUACAAGGGCACCAAUCUAACCAGCGAACAGAACCUUCCCGGGAUCCCGUCCGCCGUUGAGAGCUUGUAUAUAAAUGAACAGGAACCGAGGAUUCCCAUUAUUGCAGUGGCAGUGGAAUCGGCAAUCCUUUUCUACCGGAACAUGAAACCUUACUACAAGUACUCGAUACCAAGUUUACCGAUCGAUGUGGUCGAAGUCGACGCCUGGAAAAAGUUGUCCGUCGAGCGUCCGGAAAAUAUCGAUAAAUAUAUCGACAAUUUACGUACGUUGAAUUUGAAUCAAAUGACGGAACUGUCCCAGGAAUUGUUGGCACUUCCGGAGCACGAGAGAGCGUCCUUCAUAGUGGAACACUCGGAUCCGCAGUUGGAACGAUUUCCUGUCAUCACGGCCAUGACCUCAAUCAAGAAAACUACAAACGAAACCAAGUCGGCUUCAUGUUUGAUUCUGGCCGCCGAAUCCGGUGAUGUCAUGAUCCUGGACACUCAGGCCUUCGUGUUGCUGCAUCAGGCCCGAGUUUGCUCAUUCCAGGGAACCCCAAGUAUCAUCUCGGCCAGCGGUCAGUACGAUAUCGACUUCCGGGUGGUGAUCGCAACCCGGGAGGGAUCGCUCUGUCUGCUCCGAAAAGGUUGGCUGGUUGGUCAGCACAUUGUCAAACUGGAACAUCCGGCGGCCGGUUUGGCGUUGCUGCCGAUCGAUCAGACCAUAGUGGUGGUUUGUAUGAGCAAUCAGCUUCUCUGCUACUCGAAAAAGGGCAAGCAACUGUGGUCCGUGACCCUACCUCAAUCGGCCGUUUGCAUGACCCCGGUAUGUUUGCCCCAUCUGGGGAUCAAUCUUGUUUGCGUAGCUCUGCGCGGAGGACUCGUUCAGUUUUACUGUCAGAAGAAGCUGGUCGAUCAAUUCUACGCUCCGGAAACCGUAUCGGCCGUGACGUUUGGACGUCUCGGCCAAGAGGAGCACGUGCUGAUCCUGGUCACUUCCGAUGGUUCACUGAUCGUAAAGAUCCUCAAGAGGACGGCCGAAUUCGCCGUUACUGAAAACAUCUACGACAUCAAAACGGCCACCGAGGAAGCCUCAGGUAGUCUGCAGAUUCCGAAGAAAACGAAAAUUUUUGUUGAACAAACCGUCCGGGAGAAGGAAAAUGCAGCCGCCAUUCAUAGUUCCUUUCAGUCGGAACUGUGGCGGAUGAGAUUAACGGCUGCCCGGGCCACAGUUGAUGUCAUAAAUUCAGCCGAUAGCAACAUGUCCGGCGAUAUCGGCUUGGCUCCGAUUAAAAUGGCCGCUGAAGUUUUAGGCCUGGGACCCGUCUUUAAGCUGUUUAUAGUUUUGGAAAACAUUUCCGCUCGGAAGGAAGCAACCGGAUUGAAUGUCCUGAUCCAAGCGGACCAUCGACAUUAUACGGCUGAGAGGCCUUACUUGCAGCUGCCGAUGUUGGUUCCGGGAGCUCCGCUGAAGCUGGACUUCAAGAUAACGGCUGUUAUGGAUCCGGGUGAUGGGCUGGCACCGGCUGAUUUGACACCGGAAAACUCCUUCGUGCGAGUUAUCAUUUUUAAAACCGGUCAUUCAAAGCCGUUGAUAGCAUCGACCGUUAUCAUGCCACAAUCGGAGCCACAGAUACUGAACUCGUUUUAAUGCUGGGAAAAAUGAUUUUUGGUAUGAAGUUUAUUUUAUCAUUUAUCAAGUAAGGACAAGUUUUAUGAUAAGAAGCAACAA